AUGUUCACGAUCACUCCCUUGCUCGGGGCGCAGAGUACGUCCCGAGCCUCGCAGUCAAUCCUUGAGUUGGACGGUGGCAUCAAGAUCUUGGUGGAUGUGGGAUGGGACGAACGCUUCGACACUCGCCAGCUCGCCGAGAUAGAGAAACAUGCCUCUACUCUGUCAUUCAUCCUUCUCACGCAUGCCACGACCUCUCAUAUUGGCGCCUUUGCCCACUGCUGCAAACACGUCCCGGUCUUCACCCAGAUCCCUGUCUACGCUACACCGCCCGUCAUUGCUUUUGGUCGUACCCUCCUCCAAGACCUCUAUUCCUCUUCUCCGCUUGCGGCCACGUUCAUUCCAGGCUCAGGAUCCCCUGAAGAUCCAUCCAGCGUCGACGACAAAUCGCGUUCACACAUCCUACGGCAGGCCCCGACGUUUGAAGAGAUCAAUAAAUAUUUUACUUUGAUCACGCCGUUGAAGUACUCACAACCUCACCAACCUACGCCUUCUUCUUUUUCCGCGCCGAUCGAGGGUCUGACGUUGACAGCUUAUAACUCUGGGCAUACACUGGGAGGCACGAUAUGGCACAUACAACAUGGGAUGGAGUCAAUAGUGUACGCUGUGGAUUGGAAUCAAGCAAGGGAAAACGUUAUAGCCGGUGCAGCCUGGUUUGGAGGUGUUGGUGGCGCCGAAGUCAUCGAACAACUGCGCAAGCCUACUGCGCUCGUCUGCAGCAGCAUUGGUGCAACAAGGGCCGCGCUGUCAGGUGGUCGAAAAGCUCGGGACGAAUCUUUGUUAGCACAUAUCAAGAUCUGUGUUGCCAAGGGUGGCACUGUUCUUAUUCCCACCGACUCAAGCGCAAGAGUUUUGGAAUUAGCUUGGCUCCUUGAAAAGGCGUGGUCUGAUCCCUCAAAUGCCGCCUCCUUGAAAACUGCCAAGGUGUACCUAGCCAGCAGAUCUGGCAAUGCGACGCUGCGGCACGCCAGGAGUCUUCUCGAAUGGAUGGACGAUGGUAUUGUGCGAGGAUUUGAGGGCGAGGACGAAAAUCCGGCACCCGUGCAGACGCACAGGAGAAGCGGCAGCAAGCAGAUAAAUGGUACAGUUAAAUCCUCACGACCCUUUGAAUUCCAAAAUGUCAAGAUUGUCGAACGGAGAAGUCAACUGGAAAGGCUGUUAAAGGCCGAAGGGGCGAGAGUCAUCCUUGCGAGCGAUUCGACAAUGGAUUGGGGCUUUUCUAGAUCACUGUUGGAGCACGUGGUCCAAAGACCUGAGAAUCUGGUGAUUUUGACCGAACGCUUGUACAUGCGUCCUGGAUCACAAAGCCCGAGUCAAGCAUUCUGGAUCUGGUAUGAGGAGCGUCAGGAUGGCGUUGCGCUCGAAAAAGGGGCCCCAGUGGGAGAAUGGCUGGAGCAGGUACAAAGUGGGGGAAGAAUGCUGAAGCUGCGAAACGCAGAAAAGGCGCCAUUGAACACGCAAGAGAAUCAAAGAUAUCAACAAUAUAUGGCUACUCAAAGACAGCUGCAGGACUCUCUGACUUCAGGUAACGAACGAGACCAGGCUGGUGCGGACGAUAACAUCGACGAGGAAUCCAGCUCGACUUCCUCGGAUGAGUCAGACGACGAACAACAAGGUCGUGUUCUCAAUGUUUCUGCUGCUCUUGGUCAUGGAGCGCGAAAUAAACUGGCACUGAGCGAUGCCGAUCUAGGAGUCAAUAUCCUCGUGCGCAAGAAAGGCGUGUAUGAUUAUGAUGUACGGAACAAGAAGGGGCGGAAUGGGCUCUUUCCAUAUGCUCAUUCGCGGAGGCGCGGAGACGAGUUCGGAGAUUUCAUCAAACCAGAAGAUUUCUUGAGAGAGGAGGAGAAAGAAGACCAAGACGCCGCAAAUGACACCAAGGCCGGAGGUCAACUCGGACAGAAGCGUAAGUGGGACGAGGCGAAUGAUACCAGGCAACCACAUCACAAGAAGAAUCGAGCAGCUGCAUCCGCUCCAGCAACAUCUGGUGGGUCCGGGGCGGAUUCAGAUGAAGAGAAUUCCGACGAAGAUGUCCAAGUCGAGCGUGAAGGCUUCCAGGGGCCCGCAAAAGUUGUGUAUUCGACCUCGGAAAUCACAGUCAACGCCAAGCUGGCCUUUGUCGACUUUGCUGGAUUGCAUGAUCAACGUAGUCUGCAGAUGCUGAUACCUUUGAUUGGACCCAAAAAGUUGAUCCUUAUUGGCGGAAAUGGUUCAGACACGGUUGCUCUGGCCAGUGAUUGCAAGGAACUCCUCGGAAUGAAAGUGGUGGGAGCAGAAGACGAACCAUCCACAGAAAUAUUUACUCCUACAGAGGGCCAGACUGUUGAUGCAAGUGUCGAUACGAAUGCGUGGGUUGUUAAGCUCAGUCGCAACCUGGCAAAGACGCUCCAUUGGCAGAAUGUGAAGAAUAUGGGAGUGGUGACGAUCCAAGGUCAACUCAAAGGCGCGCCCUCAGGAGACAAUCUACAGGAGGAUGCCCAGACCAAGAAGCAAAAAUUGGACACGGAAGCGGCUCGUGCAGCUGGCCCUACGCUCGCGCCUCCUGUUGAGCCGGUCCUCGAUGUUUUACCUGCGAGCCUGGCAGCAUCAACAAGAUCCGUCUCCCACGCCAUUCACGUCGGUGACCUGCGUCUAGCUGACCUGCGGAGAUUGAUAACACUGGAUGGCCAUAUUGCUGAAUUCCGAGGCGAAGGUACACUGCUGGUUGAUGGAAUGAUCGCAGUAAGAAAGCUCGGCACAGGAAAGAUCAUUUUGGAGGGUGUGCCCGUCAGUGCUACUUCGAUGACUUCGAACAAGAUGGAUGAUUUCACGCGUGUGAAGCAGAAGAUCUACGACGGACUCGCUGUGGUUGCCGCAAACUGA